UUUCUCAUAAGUAAAGGGAAUAAAAGAAAAGGAAACAUAAUAACUCCCUAGUCUCUGUAUAUAAGGGUGAAGAAGUAAAAUGUAAGACUUGUAACCAAUUGGCUUCCUCAAGAUUUCCCUCCUCUCUGUGUUAACGGUCUACGAGUUGAAGAAAUUCUAUUAGGAGUAGUGGGUUCUUGAUUGACACCGUUGAUACAAUGGUCUUUAGUGUUCGAGAAGAGGAUUUAGUGUAUUGUAAUGAAUGCAAAACCCGAAUUGGAUUCGUCAACGAUCACAUUCAAAUCGUGCAAAAUGGCAGAACAGGGGUCUUUGAGAAAGUGUUUAAUGUACAAAAUCUUGACAGCGAGAAUCAUCUUCGACAAGUAAAUUGCAAUGCUGUAGCUGAUAUUUACUGUGCCCAAUGUGGGAUGCUGCUUGGAUUGAAACUUAUUGCAGUCCCCCAACCGUCCAUUUAUGUUAGAGAAGGAAUAUGCUUGAUGGAUUUGGACAAGCUUGUUUACUUCAAUGAUUAUCCAAUGCUUAUCAAAGAAAAGGGUGGACCACAUGGUGCCGUUAAUAUUGAUGAAUAUCUUAAUGAACAAGCUGGAGGCGCUAACAUUGAACAGGUUCCUAAAGAACAAGAUGAAGGCGAGAAUAUUGAACAGGUUCCUAAUGAACAAGAUGAAGGCGCGAAUAUUGAACAGGUUACUAGUGAACAAGGCGGAGGAGAUAAUAUUGAACAGGUUCCUAAUGAAGAAGACGGAGGCGCUAAUGAUGAACAGGUUCCUAAUGAAGAUGUAGAUCAAGUGGCUGAUGGAAUGGACAAUAUUGAUCUGAAUCCAGAAAUAUGAACCAACUAAUGAUGAAAAUGUAGAACUUUUACAUUCACUGAAUGAACUUACUAAACUUCAUAUCUUUCAAGUAGUCAUUCAUAAUUGUGUGAUAGCAUUUGAUAGUGAGUUUCUUAUAUGUUUGAGCUCUCUGGUAGUACUACCAAUUACUGCACCAAACAAUUUCUGUAUUGCAAAGGUGUAACCUUCUGAAAGCUAUA